CCACCUGAUGCCUCAAUUUUGCCUCGAGAAUCCACAACAACCUAUGGUGGGGGAAGUAGCACUGGAGUCCAACCUCACCGAUCCAUGGUGAGUGUCAGUCCUGCCAGUGACUUCACAAGCGGCGGAGUUGGUGGUGGUGGAAUAUUCAGCGGGUCAGGAGUGUCUUCUGGGGGUUCUGUGGCAAGUGGACCUCUAAUGUCCUCCCGACAAGGUACCACCGUCAUCGAAAUCUGGCUGGCUGAACCCUAUCAGAUAUUCAUAUUUGGUCAUCCCUCUGGUGAUCGGUGUCAACCGGCAAAGAAUAUAAUUCAUCUAUGCGCUGGGAAUCAUUCGCUCUUUAUGCGGAGGAGACAACCAGAUUCCAUCGAUGUUCAGCAGAUGAAGGCUCAUGAGCGCGAGGAAAGGAUUCGUCGGGAGACCGAACGAGCCCGUCUAUUACGCGAACGCUCUGAAAAAGCAGCUGCUCUAAAACUUAACGCCGCCCUCGAAUCUCGAUGCGCCGAGCUCGAGUCCGCCCUUCGCUCAGCUGCCGUCGCUGCAGGAUCUCUGUCGCCCACUUCUCCUGUCGAACCUCUACUUUCCAGCCGGCGAUCAUCCAGCCGACGCAAAGGCAUGUUCAAAACGGGUGAAAGUGGUGAAGAAGAGGGAAGUGCAGUUGCUGUUGAAAAUGAGGAUGAUGUAGCUGAUGGGGAGAAUUUGGAGGAGGAUGUAGAACUCAGACGGAGAAUUGGAGUCCAAUUCUCCUCUAGAGAACCUCAAGAAUGCCCUUCCAUCCCUUCUGGAUAUUCCCGACUUCAACAUCAGCCACGAUCAAUAACUCGGAGAGGUGGUGAAGGAAAAAAGGUGAAAGGUGGUUUGGUAGAAUCACCGUCGAUUGCUGUAGGGUCGGUGGAAAUCGCCUCACAUCAGGGGACUCAUACGGGCAUUUAUGAGGGGUUCAUCUUGGUUCAAUCAACUGCUGAAUCUGCUCCACCAACACGGUCAGAACCUGCAAUCCCGCAUACACAGACUUGGUCCCCUUAUUAUGCUCUUUCACCGGGAAAGCAAAUAUCUUCCAUUUCUCACUGUGGGAAAGAGACUGAAAGUGGUUGA